AUUUCCUCACCGUCGCCGACAACCCAGGCCUGUUCCAACAAUCGUCGAAGCUCACGAACCAGGCUCCUGGGACGCUAGGAAUCAACCACCACAGGAUGCGGCAUCGGGCUCCUCCAAUACGCGGACCACCGCCGUGAAAAUCAUGCACACAAUGCGUCGAAUGUCUUACAGCUCACCAAAGAGGCGAGAUCGGGGACAGCCAGAGGGUGUAACGUACUCAACACCAGCAGAGAGCUGCGCGCCGACGCCCUCCCCAUACAACUUCCACGAUAGACCCGAUACUCGCCCGACGAUAGAGCAAAUUGCCAUGGGCCUCCAUAUAUCCCGCACACCCCAUGCCCUCCCCCAUCGCUCUGCACAGGCAUUCCACCCUCCCAGCAGCCGAAGUGGAGACUCCCCCCGCGCAUCAUCACACAGCCAUCUCCUCACGCGACCCAACGCGCACACGCGACGCGCCUCCAUGUCAGCUGUCGUGCUCCCCCCUCCCCCUGCGCGUUCGUCAUUGAAGAAGUCGAGUACGGCAAGUACUGCGGAGAGCUCCCUGCUCGCGACAUCCGCCUCGGACGCGUCUAUCUCGACGAUGACGACAUUGACGUCAAACGCGCCGUCCACGCCCCGCUCUGUCCAGAGUGCGAGCGCGACUUCCUUCCCCGGAAAGCUCAGGAUGGAGAUGUUGCGGCUGCUUCCGUCCAGGAAAGGGACGCUCGCGUCGAGCGUGCGGUCGGACAGCCCGUCCGUGAUGACGCAGAACUCGGACAACGACUCCGUCACCAGCGAGCUGACGCCGCGCAAGAUGGUGCGAUUCUCGACCGGACCAGGACCGCACGACGUACCCCCAGGGUCAGCGUAGGCUCUGAGAGCCCUCUUCUCUAUCUGCUCCCAUUUCUCCUUUUGGUUACCGGCUUGCUUCAACUCCAGCCAUUCUCACGAUCCCGGUCCCCAUACAUACUGUACGCCCGUCUGAGAACGGUGCAUCCGCGGUCUAUCUAUCGACAUAUUUACAAUUGGGUUGUACGCACUAUCUGCACACAGUAUAUCAUCACCAUUCCCCUGCAUCGCACCGCAUCAUUCUGUAGCUAGACUUGUUCCCUUACGCACCCACAAAUCACAACAAGUACGCUACGUAUCCCUAGCUUUAGAGGCCGGCCGUCGUGUGCGCAUAGCAGCACAUACAUACCCAAAGAAGUCAAUGUCAUACCACAACUAUCCCC